CUUAUCCGGGUGGCCUGGCCGCACCUCGACAUGACCGUACCCUCCCUUGAAGAGCUGGACUCGUUCAAAUACAGCGACCUGCAGAAUUUGGCCAAGAGUCUGGGGCUCCGGGCUAACCUGAGGGCAGACAAAUUGUUAAAAGCCUUGAAAGCCCACCUUCAACAUGAAGCAAAAAAAAAUGAGAAUCAGUUCACAGAUGAGAAAAUUGAGGCUCAGAGAGUCCAAAGUAACUUGUCAAAGGCCAAAAUAAGGGAUCAUUCAGAGAUAAAGAUAAGUGAUCUCACUGAAUUCCAGAAUCAAGAGAAGCAGGAAAACCAGAAUCUCAGAACUGUUGGAGCAGUUCCUUCACCACCAGAGGAGAAUGCAGGAGAGGAGAAUGCAGUUUCCUCAGGAAAAGGCGGAACAGGUGGUAAUGAAGAUUCAAAGGUGCCUUCAGAAAGAAAGAGGCCUCUCUACACAGAAGGAUUUUCCAAACCUAGAAAAAAUAAAAGAACUAUCAGCACUACACCAAAUUUUAAGAAGCUUCAUGAGGCUCGUUUUAAGGAAAUGGAGUCCAUUGAUCAAUAUAUUGAGAGAAAAAAGAAACAUUUUGAAGAACACAAUUCAUUUAAUGAACUGAAGAAGCCUCCUGUCACUAAGGGAAUGGUAGUGACCCCAGUUCCUCUCCGGGGAAGGCUCCCUGUGGCUUGUACUCCUACCAGCCAGCACCGCCCGCACGGCCGGCCCUCAGGGGCCGCAGGCCGCAGCACCGUGUGCGGGAAGGGCUCCGCCAAGCGUCCUGUUCUAUCAGCAACUAAAAUGAACGUCAGGUUUUCAGCCACUACCAAAGAUAAUGAGCAUAAACGGUCACUGACCAAGACUCCAGCCAGGAAGUCUCCACAUGUGACAAUGGCUGGGAGUACCCCAAAAGGCCAGGCUGUGCUGCAGAUGUGCAAGCUGAAGACCACAAAGGGGAAUUCUUCUGUUGUUACCCCAUUCAAGUUGACAACUGAGGCAGCGCAGACUCCAGUCUCCAACAAGAAACCAGUGUUUGAUCUCAAAGCAAGUCUUUCUCGUCCCCUCAACUAUGAGCCACACAAAGGAAAACUGAAGCCAUGGGGACAAUCUAAAGAAAAUAAUUCUCUGAAGGAGCAUGUAAACAGAGUUAGCUUCCACAAGAAAACUUACAAACAACCUCCUCUCCAGACUAGGGAGGAACAACGGAAGCAACAUGAGCAAAAACGAAAGGAGAAGAAAGCAAAGGUUUUGGGAGCUCGAAGAGGCCUCAUUAUGGCUGAAGAUUAAUUUUUUUGAUGUCUUGGCUGUACUGAGGAUUGCUGCUUCAAGGAUCAUGACGCUCUAUGAAACUGACCUCUUACUUUAUGAAAAAAGACUGGAGUUGCUUCGCAUCAUAGCCAUGCUUGUUGAACAUAGAUGGAGCUUCUGAGCUUUGUACUAAUUAAGAUUUUCAUAAUUGUUUUCUCAUGGUGGUAGUUGGAUUCUUUGUAAAUAAAUUGGCUUCCAAGAUUGAGUUGACCAGCUAAGAUUAA